ACACAUAUACAGAUUGUCAAAUUACUUGGGACACAUUUAUAUCCUGUUGUAUUUGGUUAGUUAGAUCUAUAUCAAUAACGUUUUCCGUAGUCUUUUUGUUAGAGUUACAUUUGUAUUGACAUUUAAACACAUUUUGUGCUAUACUUUUUAACACUGGAUUGCUAGUACAGAAAAAUAGCAUUCGCAAUGCCGAGCCACCCGCUGCGUGUGGCGGUUGUGUGCUCGAGCAACCAGAACCGCAGCAUGGAAGCGCACAACAUUCUCAGCAAGCGAGGCUUUGAUGUACGCUCUUUUGGAACAGGGUCCCACGUGAAACUACCUGGUCCAGCACCGGACAAACCCAAUGUGUAUGACUUCAAAACCACUUACGAGCAGAUGUACAACGACCUAGUCCGCAAGGACAAGGAGCUAUACACACAGAAUGGAAUUCUACACAUGCUGGACCGAAACAAGCGUAUCAAGUCCCGACCAGAGCGCUUUCAGAGCUGUAAGGAGCAAUUUGACCUGGUCAUCACCUGUGAAGAGAGGGUCUAUGACCAAGUACUGGAGGAUCUGAGCUCUCGGGAGCAAGAGACCUUCACACCGGUUCACGUAAUCAACGUGGACAUCCAGGACAACCAUGAGGAGGCCACACUGGGAGCCUUUCUGAUCUGUGAGCUGUGUCAGUGUAUCCAGCACACAGAUGACAUGGAAAAUGAGAUGGAUGAACUGCUGCAGGAAUUUGAGGACAAGAGCAACAGGCCUUUCCUACAUACUGUCUGCUUCUACUGAUGCCUGUGCAAGCAAAUCUGCCACGUCAUACGCCCCUGACCAAACAUGCACGUUUAUAAAGACUCAUGCACACUUACAUUUAUUUCUUAGUGACUACUUCAACAUGCACACAUUCAUAUACACACACACACACACACACACACACCAGUAUUGGUCAGGGCUGAGGAGACUUGGAUGGUGCUCUCCUUAAUUAGGGAGCUAUCUCAUCCUUUUGCUUUUUCUCCUCAAGGCCAAAGUGGGCCCCAGAUCCUCCCAGUCCCAUGUUGAAACCACUGAUACGUAUCCCCACAAAGACAGAUGCCCCCCUUAGUCAAACAGAUUCUCUGCGAAAUCUAAAGAGCAAUGUUCCUCCCCCCCAGUCUAGUAAUGAUUACGGAGCAGCGUUAAUUUGAGUUUCUUUUUAAGAGUUGGUAGAUGUUUUAAUUUGGUGUGAUUUGUCACAUUUCCUCAUUUUACUUUGUGGAGAGUAGUAAGGUGUGGUUGGGAUACAGUGGAGACUAGGCAUGAAUGUGGUUCAGUGUGACUAUGUGAGGCUGUUUACACAGGCAGCCUAAUUCUAACUGAUAUUUUGACCACAUCUGAUAUUUUUCUGGUCUGAUUAUGAUUAGUGACGAGACUUGGACUACCUGUGUAAAUGCAAUAUGAGUGUGUACCAGUAGGCAAUUAGAAGUGAAUCUAAAUAGUGGCUUAUAAUGACCAACCAUAAGGUUAUCAUUUCCAUUAUUAUACAUUGAUUCAUUAUUUUUUUUUGUUAACAGAAAAGAAUGAAAAAAUUGUAAUUAUUUGCAAGAUAAGAGCUCAGUCCAGUGUGCCUGAAUUUUCUGUAUGUACAUAUGAAUCCACUUAAAGAAUAAACAUCUGU